GGCGGGGCGGGAGCCACCUCUGCCAGCAACAUGUUCAAGGUAAUUCAGAGGUCUGUGGGGCCAGCCAGCCUGAGUCUGCUCACCUUCAAAGUCUAUGCAUCACCUAAAAAGGAUUCACCUCACAAAACUUCCGUGAAGGUUAAUGAGCUUUCACUCUACUCCGUUCCUGAGAGUCCAUCUAAAUAUGUGGAUGAGCCAAGGACCCAACUUGAAGAAAGCAUCUCACAUAUCCGACAUUAUUGCGAGCCAUACACAAGUUGGUGUCAGGAAAUGUACUCACAAACUAAACCCAAGAUGCAGAGCUUGGUUCAGUGGGGGUUAGACAGCUAUGAAUAUCUCCAAAAUGCACCUCCUGGAUUUUUUCCAAGACUUGGUGUUAUUGGUUUUGCUGGCAUUCUUGGACUUCUUUUGGCUAGAGGUUCAAAAAUAAAGAAGUUGGUGUAUCCCCCUGGGUUCAUGGGAUUAGCUGCCUGUCUUUAUUAUCCACAACAAGCCAUCGUGUUUGUCCAGGUCAGCGGGGAGAAAUUAUAUGACUGGGGUUUACGAGGAUACAUAGUCGUAGAAGAUUUGUGGAAGGAGAACUUUCAAAAGCCAGGAAAUGUGAAGAAUUCACCUGGGAAUAAGUAGACUGCUCCAUGGCUCUGCCCAUUUUAAUCAGUUAUAGGUAAACAUUGGAAACUCCGUGCGGUAAACCAGUAUUUCUACAGAAAAAAUGGCAGAGAAGUCAGUACUGAAUGUAGUAAAUUGGCUUUCUUCUUCAGGAAAAACUAAACGAGACUUCUUUGUUAUCUUGGGUGAUACCAUACUCCAAGUGGA